AUGACCUCAGUGGCGGUGCAUACCAUACUCACGGAAGAAAGGAAAGAAGUGGAGCAUGAUCCGCUUGGGAUUGAAACAGAGAUACAAGGGAGAACAAUGCGACGAGUGUCAAUCGACUCUGGAGGAACGACCAGUGUUAUAACAUGGAAAGCUUAUCAAGCAAAGAGAGGUAGCAUGAUUCGGAUAAGGUUGCAACCAACGGAAAUCAGAGGAGUGGGCGAAUCGAGACUACACUCGAUGGGCACAGUUACCCUUCGAUUAACAUCCAAACACAGAACAGGGCUGAGGAUGACCCAAUUUGUCCUCUUCCACGUGGUUGAUGAAAGGCUACCUUUCAGCAUGAUAUUGGGACGAACGUUCCUCUAUAAAUCAGGAGAGGUACUAGACAUGAGUAACUUAUGGAUAGGGUUCCUUAUAGAAGAGGGAGCGGUCAUCAUAAGUGAGGCAAUAGGUUCAUGGAGAACCUCUCUUAAAGCUCGGGAUUGGAAUGUCCAUGCGCACCAAAGAAGCUAUAAAAGAGGUGUUGAAGAGGCUCUCACAUACAUUUUAGAGAUAAAGGGAGUAGAACUGGAAGUUGCAUGCCAUGAAUUAAAUGUAGAUCCAGCAUCUAAAGUGGUCAAGCAAAAGAAGCGAAGACACUCUAAAGAACGACAAAAGGCAAUAGCUGAAGAGGUUGAAAAGUUACAAGAAGCAGGAUUCAUAAAGUCAAUCAAGUACCCAGAAUGA